GACAAUUUACUGGUCUGGUGGGUCAAACAGCUGGAGGCAACAUUAGGGGAGGGGCUAAAGGGCAAAAUCAGGAAGUGGGGAGGCGGAGUUAAGCCCAGGAGUGAGGUGGCGUCAGAGGGCGAAACCCUGGUACAAGCAGGGGCAGAGGGGGUAGCAGUUACCCCAGUAGCACUGAGACACCAGUGCUGUGUAAACUGGAGAGCAGUGGGUUAAAAGCAGAUGCAGCAGAAGAUAAAAAACGGAAGGUCUUUCUUUAUAGAGGGAAAAAAGCCCAGCUCUGAGAUCGCUGCUCAGCCAUCCCUCCUACGCUGAAGACGGGGUCCCAGUCCCAUUCAGUACCUGCACAUGCUGUCUCUCCGCUAGCUGAAUUGCAGCUGCAACCCUUCCGCUAAUGUUUGCGCAGUGACAGGGUUAAACCACAGAGCUCAUACGCCUUUGUAGAGAGGACCAGGAACUACUGCAAGGGGGGAAAUUAAUAUAGAAGGAACUUCCUGUCCCCAACUCUCUGUCCUCCUCACUUGUAACUUAGCCCACUGCAGCAAUUGUGCAUUAGAGUUGCGUGGUUGAAUCCAUUUCCAAAGAAGCAUCGGCCCCAAACAAGGAGGUUUCUCUGGUCCCACAUGCUGCCAGCCCCGCGAGGAGGCAGGCAACCCAGCUCCUUCUCCAGCUGUUCCCAGGCCGGGGAAGAUAAUGAUCCAAACAGUGGACCAAAUUCAAUGAUGAACCCUGGUCACAUGCCCCCUGUGGGACAUUGCACAUAUGCUAAGAAGACUCACUACAGCCAUCUCCACUGGAGCCAGGAGAGGGAAAGAGAACAAGCAGUAACUACUGGGAGCUUUAAGAAUAGGAACUGGGACCCAUUACAGGAUUUAAGCCUGCGGGAAGCUUUUGCGAGUGAAUUUCGCUUGGACCAAUAAAGCCAUCUAGAUUUGUUUAAACAGUUCAUCUCCAGAGUGUGAGAUGCAAACCUACAAAUCAUCAAACCAUCACAAAAGGUAUGUGCAGCAGGAAAUGGUUAGUGGAGCUGAUCCUAACUAUGGGAUGCUAAGGAUGAAUGUUUUUCACCAACCAUACAAGUGACAUGCAGAACUGAGACAACUAGAGCAUAGGCCCAAGCUGGAGUAACGUCACAAAGACAGACCAGACAUGCAGCAGUGAGUAACUGCAUCUGUGUGCCUUCAGUUACAGACAUUGACAAACUGAGUGGUGCAAUUUGAAGUAAAGAUGGAGGAGCAAGCCGUAUUCAGCCAUCGACCAGCAGCGGAAACAGAGCAAGCAGAAAAUGCACCCACACUAUCCCUGCCUGGGACAGUUGACUCCAGUAAUGAUAGGGAAGCCACUCUGCAACAGUACAGCAUCAGCAUGGAGAAGCACUGCAGACACUUUAGACAGUUCUGCUAUCAGGAAGCAGAAGGACCCCAAGAGGUUUACAGCCGACUCUGUGAACUUUCCCAUCUGUGGCUGCAGCCGGGUCUCCAUACAAAGGAGCAGAUCAUCGAGCUGCUGGUUCUUGAGCAAUUCCUGACCAUCUCGCCCGAGGGAAUCCAGACAUGGGCCCAGAGAUUUCAUCCAGAAACAGGUUCCAGUGACACUGGAAGAUGUGGCUGUGUAUUUCAUCAAGAAGGACUGGAGUCGUCUGGACAAAAGGCAGAGGGAGCUCUACAGGAAUGUCAUGCAGAAGAAUCUGAAGACUUCUCUCUGAGAUUUGAGACUCCAAAACCUGAUGUGAACUCUCAGAUGGAACACAAGGAAGAACCUUGCAUCCCAGAUUGUCAGGAUGCCAGAGAAAGGGUAAUACCAAGAGAAGCCGGCACAACAGGUGAUGAGAUCCUGAGCAGAACUGAGAAGAAGCAUCCAGUAGAGGGUCCCGAAGAUCCGGUGCUUGGCAUUCUAUUACUGAGGAACUCAGCAGAGAGCUUUUCCCAGAAAGUGCUCUGCAGGAGGCAGCAUAGGUUGCAGUGUCAGAAAAGAGAGCCAAUGGAGGGUGAGCGAGAGACCUUGCAUCCCCCUUUCACAUUCUUUUGCGAGGAUUCCCAAUCUCCUUAUGCAGGGGAGACCGAGGAGCAAAAUCAGAGAGUCUGUAAAACAGUGGGGCCCAAUUCACCAGCCAGGGUACUCAAUAUGGCUCUCAACAGCAGCAGAAUUUCAGUCCCUUUCUUCAGAGGUGAUGGGAACAUGAAUGAAAAUGAGGAGGAAGAUCCUCUGCAGGAAGGUCCCAAGCCAGUGGAAGUCUCUGGGACAUUAUCAGACUUUUUCAUAAGGGAAGCUUUUCCGAGUUCUGACCAGGACAAAGCCUGUGAGAGGCAGGAGAUAUGUUCUCCGGAGGAGAGACAAGAAAAACCUAUUCAUUGUGAAAGAGGCUUCAGGAAACGCAAAGACACCAUCGUUCACCAGAAAACUCUCCUGGGCGAGAAGCCUUACAUCUGUAUUGAAUGUGGGCAGAGCUUCAACCGGAGCUCGGACCUCAUCCGCCAUCAGCGGAUCCACACUGGCGAGAAACCCUAUGUGUGCACCGAGUGCGGGAAGAGCUUCAGCCGGCGCUCGCACCUUAUCCAGCACCAGAGAAUCCACACGGGGGAGAGACCCUACCAAUGCAAAGACUGUGGGAAGAGCUUCAGCCAGAGCACGCAUCUCGUGCAGCACCAAAGGAACCACACCGGAGAGAGGCCCUAUGUGUGUGCAAAGUGUGGGAGGAACUUUUACCAGAACUCGGGGCUCAUCAGACAUGCCAACUUCCACACGGGUGAGAAGCCAUACAAAUGCCCCGAGUGUGGGAAAUGCUUCAGUGACAGCUCCAACCUCAUCGCGCACCAGCGGCUGCACACAGGCGAGAAGCCCUACAAAUGCACGGACUGUGACAAAUGCUUCAGUGAGAGCUCCAAGCUGAUCAUCCACCGCCGGACCCACACAGGAGAGAAGCCCUAUAUGUGUCCUGAGUGUGGGAAGAGCUUCAGCCAGAGAUCCCACCUUGUCCAGCACCGCAGGACGCACACAGGAGAGAAACCAUACAAGUGCUCCGAGUGUGGGACGAGCUUCAGCGACAACUCCACCCUGAUCCGACACCGCAGGACGCACACUGGGGAGAAGCCCUUCAAAUGUGUGCAGUGUGGGAAGAGCUUCAGCCGCAACUCGUACUUAGUGUCACAUCAGAGAGUGCACGUAUGGUAGGGAGCAGCAGUGGCUCGGUCCCUGGGCAAGUAUGGUGCCAUGCAAGCACAUGAAACAUCUGCAGCGAUUGGGAGUGUGGGUGACUGAAUCAAAGAAGAGGGGGAAACACAUUCCUGGGAUGACAGGCAAUGUUUGGGGUCACAGAGUGUUGGGAGCCAAGGAGCUAUGUGCUGGGACAUGGAUCAGUCUGGAAUCUCAGACCUGGCAGGUGAUGAAAUGACAGGGUCAAUUUUCCUGUUUGUUUUGGUGUUUGUUCCUUUUUUAAAUUAUUUUAUUUUGAAGUGAAGGAAAAAAUGCCAAGCGGUUAUUUGGCUCUGGGUCACAUCUGUAGCUUAUAAGAUUGUGGCACACAACUUGCAGCCUUUUGGUGACACCUCAGUUUUGCAGAAUUUAAGUUCUCCUCUCUGUGCCUAUAUUAAAUUUGUAGCCCUUACAGUUGAGAAGAAUGACUUCAGAAUGUGACCCAACAUAGUGCUAAUAACUGCCUGCAUCUGCAGGUAAAUAAGCGGGAAACCACUCCAAGAGAUGCCCCGCUCUUCUGUUUAGGGUGCUAACAUUGAAGACUCACCAUGAAACAUGUAAAUUGUAAUAUAUUUGACUGUUUACUGCUAGUUAUUUUAGCAAAAGUAUCAAGCUCAUGUGUUUAUCCAGCAUGGCUGGAUAUCCUAGAAAUUAGGAAUAGAGAAGACAUAUUAGUUCUGUGAUGUGCUUAUUAUUUCUGUAAUUGGCUCCAUGGCUUCACAAUAUCUCCAGAAGGGUGGAGUACUGGUGAGAGCCAAUGGAGGGUCUAGGGGGCAGGAGAAUAAAGAACUCCUGUGUGUGCUAAAGGUACAGAGCAGAUCCAGGAGUUUGAGCAGUUGCUAGCCAAGAAAGCUUAUGAAAGGCUCAUUCUGUAGCUAGCUCGGCAAAACUUGCCACUCUCUAAGGCAUCAGAACUCUUUGGGAGCCUGAAGCCACUUCUGGACUCUCAACAGAUGACAAAAUAUUAUUUUAAUGUAUUUUGAAAUAUUAAACUUUGAGGGGAGCAGGGAACUUGCUUGCAACUCCUGGAGGAGCAGGGACCUUUGUUUCCUGCUACUCGAGGAAGUGGAGGAACUUUCUGGAGUGGAUGCCUUUUUUUGAAGCUGCACAGGCUCUGAGGCUUUUGCUUGCAACGGCAAGUAUUUUCCAUGGACAACUUCAGACCAAUGGGUUUUUGUUUUGACUUCCCAGCAAAUGCUCCAGAUAUCUGACUGAGAGAGUCAGACAGAUGCUGGAUGGAUCCAGAAAUUCCAGGACUCAUUUGCUUGAUGUACUUUCGAAGGGCAUACAUGCUUUUCAAUUUGCAGACUCAAAGAUUAAGCCAAAGUUCAGCUAAAGUUGACUGACUUUUAACGGUCUGCUAUUUUCACAUCCAAAUUUGAUGAAGGAAACGUACUGAACCUUGGUAAAUGGCUGCUGCAUGGCUGAUCUGACAGCACUCUAGAAUUCAGUGAUGGGGACUGCAGUUUGGGGUAGUUCCAGUAAAUGGAACUUUUCUGUUAUGAAUCUGAAUAAAUCAAAACACUGCAGCCAAUUAAUGGACUCAAGCCAGCAACUCCUAAUGCUCAAGGAAAGGAUUCAAAGGAAAACCCUGGCAUCAAGAAUUUGGUCUCAGAGAAGCAAUGGCACUUUCCUCACUGAAAACUCCUUCCCCUGCAGUCCUCUGAGCAUAUGUUGUCCUUCUAUGUGCUUUGUAUGGUGCUUUGUACAUUUAACAGUGCUCUCUAAAUUAAAAAUAACCGUGUGCAUUUAUUUCUG